UUCAUACAAUUGAUACGGUUACAAAGUGUUGUGUAAAAAUGAAUACUGCCAACCUAAGAUCCAUUGACGAGUUGGACUUGAACAAUAAACGCGUGUUAAUCAGGGUGGAUUACAAUUGCCCCUUUGACAAUGAGGGUACGAUAACCGAUUACUUCCGCAUUGAAGAGUCGCUAAAAACAAUAAACUAUUGCAUAGCCCAAAAUGCAAAGAGCGUAAUAAUAAUGUCGCACCGGGGAAGACCCGGCGGCAAAGUAGUCGAAAUGCUGUCGAUGGAAAAAGUGGCGAAGGUCCUCGGAAAGUUCCUGCAGAAAGACGUGACGUUCCUUCCCGACCCGGUACCGAGCCCCACCACCAUCGAGUACUGCCAGAACCCACCGCAGGGGUCGAUCAUCGUGUUGGAGAACCUGCGUUUCGACCUCGGCGAACAGGGAACGGGCAAAGACGUGUUGGGGAACCCCACAGCCGCGACGCCCGAACACAUCCGCCACUUCAGGGAAAGUCUAGCCAAGCUGGGCGACGUCUACGUGAACGACGCGUUCGGUACGAUCCACCGGGCGCACAGUUCGAUGCUGGGCGAGGGCUUCGACGUGAGGGCUGCCGGAUUCCUGAUGAAAUCCGAACUGACGCAUCUGUCCGCCGUACUCAACGAUUCGCAAAAUUCCCGGCCUUUGGUGUGCAUUUUGGGCGGCAACAAGUGCAACGAGAAAAUCCCCCUGAUGAACCACAUGUGCGAGGUGGCGGACGAAAUCUUAAUCGCAGGGGGACAAGCCUAUAAUUUCCUGAAGCUUGUUUACGGAGUACCAGUUGGUGAUACUCCAAUACGUCCGGAAUUGGAGGAAACAGUGAAGGCUAUCGUGGAGAAAGCUCAGAAAAACAACGUUAAAUUGGUGAUACCCGAAGACUUCUACAUCACCGACUUUUUUGUAAACGGACAGAUAAAAUUGGCUGAUAUUGAAUCCGGAAUUGAACCGGGUUGGAUUGCGGGCGAUAUCGGUCCAAAAACUAUCGAAACUUUCAAAAAAUCCAUAGCCAAAGCCAAAGUUAUUUUAUGGAAUGGUCCUGUUGGAACGGUGAAGUUCCCCCAGUUCAAUGAUGGAACAAAAGUAAUACUGGAUGAGAUAAUAAAAGCGACCAAAAAUGGUUGCAUAACAGUAGCUGGUGGUGGAAGAACAGGAAGCGUCUUAACGAAAUGGAAUGCAGAAGGAAAACUGUCGCAUGUUUCAACAGGUGGUGGAGCGUUUUUGAAAAUCCUAGAAGGCCACACUUUCCCCGCAAUCGACGCAUUACUUAUUAAAGAUUAAAAGUGUUUUUUAUUGUUCUUUGCAUGAUAUUCAUGUGUUAAUUUAUUGUUAAUAUUCGUGAAUAAAGUAUUUUAAUAUAA